AUCUACCAUUUGAAACCAGUGAGAAAUUUUUCUUUUUCUUGUUUUUAUACUUAAGAAAAGGGGCUCGAAUUUCAAUCCCUUCCUUUCCCUUUUAAAGCUGGGUAGCACAAAACGACGAAUCCAGAAACGCGUUUAAUGCUUGAAAAUUCUCUGUAUCUUCAGUCACUGGAUCUGAUGGUUUUCCAAGAAAGAAGGCUUUGAGUGUGCCCAAAUUGCUGCUCUUUUUACAGCUUCUGGAAAAAAGUAGAUAUUCUGCUGUUUUUCCCCUUUUUCUUGGAUUGAAAGUGAACAACUUGUAGAAAACGCAGAACCCUGCCAAUGUCACUCACUGUGAAACCACAUCUCCAGCAUUACAAGAACAAAAUGGGCAAACCCACAACAACAAGCAAAGACUGGACACAGAUCUAUGCAAUCUAUGGCAUGGACCAGUGGCAAACCUUGUUCUUCCUCUUGUGUCACGCCAUUUUCUUCUCUAUCCUAUCAAUUCUCUUCCUCUUCUACUUCGAUCCCGUCUGCAACCUCUUAGAAACCGGUGUUCUUCUUUUCACCACCAGUACCAGCAGCACUAGCGCCGCCCGCUUCGCCGCCGGAUUCACUGGCUCAGUGACAGCGUUGUCCGCAGUUUGCCUUUUCUUUGCAGCCGGGAACUUCUUCUACAGCUCGGUGGCGUUGCAUCAUGACAUGGCGCAGAGGAUGGUCAGUUAUGUGAAUGAUUGGUCUUCGGUUAAAUUGGCUCUUGAUAUUGGGUGCGGUCGAGGGAUUUUGUUGAAUACGGUGGCUACCCAGUUGAAGAAAACUGGGAGCUCCGGCCGGGUCGUCGGGUUGGACCGCUCUAAACGGACCACUCUGUCUACUCUCCGAACAGCCAACAUAGAAGGAGUAGGAGAAUAUGUUACAUGUAGAGAAGGUGAUGUGAGGAGUUUACCAUUUGUAGACAACUAUUUUGAUGUGGUGGUAUCAGCCGUGUUCGUUCACACAGUAGGAAAAGAGUACGGCCAUCGGACGGUGGAGGCAGCGGCGGAGAGAAUGAGAGCAUUAGGUGAGAUGGUUAGGGUAUUGAAAUCAGGUGGAAUCGGAGUGGUUUGGGACAUAGUACAUGUGCCGGAAUACGUCCGACGAUUGCAGGAGUUAAAAAUGGAAGAUAUCAGAGUUUCGAAGCGUGUAACAGCCUUCAUGGUGAGCAGCCACAUUGUAUCAUUUCGAAAGCCUAAUCACCAUGUGUGGGGACUAAACGAGGUUAGGCUGGAUUGGAGAUGCUAAUUAAUUAUUUAAAUGCAAUAGUUAUUAAAUUUAGAAAAUAAAAAAAAAAUAAGAAAAGGGUUAGGAAAAUAUAUAUAUAAAAAUAAAUAUAAAUAUAGAAAAUUAGAUGAAAUGAUGAGCUUGCUUUCAAAGAUUUGGAGAGACGAAGUCGAUCCAGAUGUCUUGUUGAAGGUGUACAUGUAGUUUAUGUAAUUUAUCGUAUGAAUUACUAUCUGGUUAUUAUUAA